AUGGAAUCCAUCAAUUUUUCCAUCAAAAUUUCACAUGCUUUGCGCACAGAUUAUUUUGAGGGCAAUUUGGUUAAUGUUUAUUUUGCCAUUGCAUUAUCUGAUGAAAUUCUUAUAAAGCAACAAGAUGGACCUUUAACAAUCAUGCGUUAUUUCAAUGGUUUUAAGAUUCAAACCAUUGCACUCAACUACGACUAUAGUAGAGGGAAGCUGGCAAAUGCAAUUCAACCCAGUAUGGACGACAAUGAAGUCGACAGCGAGGAAGUCGAAGGUGAGGAACUCCACGGCGAGUACUGCAGCAAUGAUAUACAGAUUACCAGUAACCAACAAACUAAGCAUUCGUUCGAUAACAUGCUCGACUGCAAUGUGAAAAGUGGAAUGGAGGUUCCCUCAUCCGAGUUCGUGAGUGAUGAUUGUUUGGCUGAUGAUGUGUUGGGAGGUUCAUUGUUAGAAAAAAGAAACUCUGAGAAGGGUGAUGACGGGGUUGUUAGAUACGUGAGUUUUACUUGUUGUCGAGAAGGUCCACGGAAGACUAAUAGAAUUACUUCUUUGAACCCUCUGCCAACGAUUGAAAUAGGGUGCAGAGCCAGGUUGGAGCAUAACCAUAAGACGAGCCCAUCUAAAUCUAGGUUAUAUCGAUGCAAUCGAAAACUUAGUGCACAAGUCAAAAGACGGCUUAAGGUCAAUGACAUAGCAGGUAUUCCAUUACAUAAAAGCUAUGACUUAACUAUAGUGGAGGCGGGUGGAUUUGAGAACAUGACUUGUGUUGAGAAAGACUGUAGAAAUUUCAUUGAUAGAGUGCAGCGUCUAAGACUUGGUGAAGGACACGCUACUGCAUUACAGAGUUACUUCUUGAAAAUGCAAGUAUGUAGUCCUGGUUUUUAUUUCAGUAUAGACUUGGCUAAGGAGUCUCGAUUAAAGAAUGUGUUUUGGGCAGAUAAUAGAUGCAGGCAAGCAUACAAGGAAUUUGGUGAUGUAGUUACUUUUGACACCACUUAUCUAACUAACAAGUACGAUAUGCCGUUCGCUCCUUUCGUAGGGGUGAAUCACCACGGGCAAUCAACUUUAUCUGGUCGUGGAUUAGUUUCAAACGAAGAAACAAAUAUAUUUGUUUGGUUAUUUAAGAUAUGGAUUGAGUGCAUGCAGGGUGAAGCUUCCGAUGGUAUAAUUAAAGAUUAA